GGUAGGGAUACCGACCCUACCGAGGAGCAGAUGGCAGAAACAGAGAGAAACGACGAGGAGCAGUUCGAAUGCCAGGAACUGCUCGAGUGCCAGGUGCAGGUGGGGGCCCCUGAGGAGGAAGAGCAGGAUGCGGGCCUGGUGCCCGAGGCCGAGGCCGUGGCUGCCAGCUGGAUGCUCAAUUUCCUCUGCCUCUCUCUUUGCCAAGCUUUCCGCGACGGCCGCUCCGAGGACUUCCGCAGGAGCUACAACAGCGCAGAGGCUAUUAUUCAUGGACUAUCCAGUCUAACAGCUUACCAGUUGAGAACGAUAUACAUAUGUCAGUUUUUGACAAGAAUUGCAGCAGGAAAAACCCUUGAUGCACAGUUUGAAAAUGAUGAACGAAUUACACCCUUGGAAUCAGCCCUGAUGAUUUGGGGUUCAAUUGAAAAGGAAUGUGACAAACUUCACGAAGAAAUACAGAAUUUAAUUAAAAUUCAGGCUAUAGCUGUUUGUACGGAAAAUGGCAACUUUAAAGAAGCAGAAGAAGUCUUUGAAAGAAUAUUUGGUGAUCCAAAUUCUUUAUGCCUUUCAAAAGCAAAUUGCUUAUGAUAAUCUCUCAGAAAGAUACAUUUCAUUCCUUUUUUCAACACUUCAGCUACAACCACAUGAUGGAGAAAAUUAAGAGUUAUGUGAAUUAUGUUCUAAGUGAAAAAUCAUCAACCUUUCUAAUGAAGGCAG